AUGCAAGAGUCAGACAGUCAAAGUAUUAGGCAUAGCCCUCUUGGCUUCGCCGGGCCAUUAUCUCUCUCGAUGCCUUCCUUCGGCUUUUGGUAUUCGAGCACAUUCUGGCUGUACCUCUUCUUAGGUCUCUGGAUCCAUCGUUAUUUCCGUCUUCUAGUUCAUUGCGUCAGCCAUUGGACAUAUAAGUCAAAGCCUAUCCCUAGCAAACCGACAUUCACUAGUAAGGAUGUUACUGUGGUUAUCCCUACUAUUCACAAUGCCUUCGAGGAGCUCCGUCCUUCGCUUGAGAGUAUUUUGGCCUGCGAACCGGCCGAGUUGAUCUUGGUCACUACGCAUGACAAGCGAAAGGGUCUUCAACUGUUGGCUGACUCUCUGCCUUUCCCCAAAGUCCGUGUUCUAGACACUCCCAUUGCCAACAAGCGUCUGCAAGUCUGCGAGGCACUCCCCAAGGUUGAGACACCUAUCACUAUCAUGGCCGAUGAUGAUGUAACCUGGCCUUCAACUCUUAUGCCCUGGAUCUUGGCUCCUUUCGAGGACCCUCAGAUUGGUGGCGUAGGAACCUGCCAGCGAGUCCGACGAGAGCACGAUGCUUCUUGGUCUACUAAGGCCUGGAACUGGCUCGGUGCUGCAUACAUCGAGCGCCGCAACUUUGAGAUCUCGGCUACACACAACAUUGACGGCGGUACAUCAUGCAUGUCCGGCCGUACCGGCGCCUACCGCUCUGAAAUUCUCUCCAGCCACGACUUUCUCCACGGCUUCAAGAACGAGAAGUGGAGAAAGUGGAUUCUGAACGCUGACGACGACAACUUCGUGACUCGUUGGUUGGUGAGCCAUCAGUGGAAGACAUGGAUCCAGUACGACAAGGAAUGUGAGAUCGAGACAACACUGGAGAACAGCACCAAGUUUUUGUACCAGUGCUCUCGCUGGGCGCGAAGCAACUGGCGAAGCAACUGGACCAGCAUGGUUACUGAACGCUAUAUUUGGAAGCAGCAAUUGUGGUGCACAUAUGCCCUCCAUUUUGCGACGUUCACUUCGCUGGCUUUUGUCGUUGACCCGCUUCUUCUCGCUUCUUGCUGGUGGGGAACCGCAGACUGGGAUGUCCAGAACCGCCGAUACGCUUUCUGGGCUCAGUUUGUCUUCAUGUUUGCUUUCACCAAGGUCGUCAAGCUCAUGGGUCUCUUUAUUCGAAACCCUAGUGAUAUCAUGUUUCUGCCCCUUUCCGUCAUGUUCGGAUAUUUCCACGGACUCGUCAAGCUGUACGCGUUGAUCACUUUGAAUAUGACUUCAUGGGGUAGCCGAGCUGAUGGAGACGCCAACGAUGAGCAGCGACUUGCUCCCGCCCCACAACCUUCAAUUGUUUUGAAGACUCCUCCUGGAAAGGGCUCACUUAUCCGCUACAACGCUCGUCAGAAGGGACGACAACAACAAAUACAGCAAGGCGCAUGGGAGAAGAGCGACUACGCAGCUUACGAUUCGAGCACUUCUUAUGUACCUAUACGAGUGCAUACACCAAUGGCAACAAUACCAAACAACACUACGCUGUAUACGAACGAAAAUUCUAUCAGCGGACACUGUUGGGCGAUUUGA